AAAUCAGCACUGUUUUGAAGUUACUUGGACUGUCUCGUCUCUCAGAGUCAAUAUGGUUAAAAGUACCAGGUACAACAAAAGGAUGUUCCAGCAGUGUGAGGAGCCUCGUUUUACCAUCGAGCAGAUUGACCUGCUCCAGAGGCUACGGAGGACAGGGAUCACGCAGACAGAGCUCCUCCACGCUCUGGACACCUUGGACCACCUGGACCAGCAGCACGGACACAAGUUGACCCAUAAACCUUCCUACAUGGCUCCCUCGUCUUCCUUGUCUUCGUCCAGCACAGUCGCCACUUCUUCCUCUGUGACCUCCACUGGCACUCAGACAAGUUUCCCCAACAACCAACUCUCACUGUCACCCAAUAACAACUUCAGCACCACCUCCCCACCUCUGCCAGUUCCAGUAGCCUCUCCUGUUGUCAUGGCAGCGGUAGCCCAGAACGGUCUAGUUGCUGUCACCAAUGGGAAGCUGUCACCGCCCCGGUUUCCUCUGGGUGUGGUUAGUGGCAAUGUGACAGCAGUAGGCUAUGGGUUUGAGUCCAGUGAACAGGACUUAGAUAUUGAUGAGAAGGUGGAGGACUUGAUGAGAAGGGACAGUUCUGUGAUCAAAGAGGAGAUCAAGUCCUUCCUGGCAAACAGACGGAUCUCCCAGGCUGUGGUCGCUCAGGUAACAGGGAUCAGUCAGAGUCGGAUCUCCCACUGGCUCCUACAGCAGGGAUCAGACCUCAGCGAGCAAAAGAAACGAGCCUUCUUCCGCUGGUACCAGCUGGAGAAGACUAAUCCUGGUGCCACUCUGGCUAUGCGAGCUGCCCCUUUGGCUCUGGAGGACAUGAUGGACUGGCACCAAGCCCCGGCCCCACUUGGACCCACCACCGGGGGCUUUCGUCUGCGACGAGGGAGCAGAUUCACCUGGAGGAAGGAGUGUUUGACUGUUAUGGAGAGCUACUUCAGUGAUAACCAGUACCCUGAUGAAGCUAAGAGAGAAGAGAUUGCUACUGCUUGCAAUGCUGUCAUUCAGAAACCAGGAAGGAAGCUGUCUGAUAUGGAGAGGGUCACAUCUCUGAAGGUCUACAACUGGUUCGCCAACCGCCGCAAAGACAUCAAGAGGCGUGCCAACAUCGAAGCAGCCAUCUUGGAGAGUCAUGGCAUCGAGGUCCAGAGUCCGGGAGGUCAGUCCAACAGCGAUGAGGUGGAUGGCAGUGACUUUGCUGACCAGGGCUGUGAGGUAUCCUUGUUUGACAAGAGAGCUUCAGCCAAACAGUUUGGCUUCAGUCGCGCUGAUCUGUCAUCUCCAACCCAGGUUCCCACGCUGCUCCCCAGCUGGUUUUCCACCCUGGCUCGGGGAAGCUUGUCUGGACAGAGGGCCACGUCUGUGAUUGGCCGCUCCCUAGUGACAGGUGUGGGUCUUCAGGCAGUGGGGCCCUGGUCUCCGCCCUCCCCUUCUCUCCAUGAUGAACCCACCAUUCACAGCGAGCUGUCUGAGCCCCAGGACCCAACUGGCAUGGAGAAGACAGAUGUUAAUGACGGUAACCAAGCCCUAUCCAAUCAGAUGGAUGGCGCAGGGUGCAGUAUGGGGAAUGACAUUAAGACGGAAACGCUCGAGGAUGACUGAAGGGGGUAGUGGAGAUCGGAGCUGUCAGAGUACAGAACAGGAUGGAGUUUGUGAGAUGACAAGUGGGGAAACAACUACUGACCCUGUAUUUCAACAAACUCAUCUCUGUGACAACUGAGCAAACACAGUCCUCUGAUGAAGACCCCAUGUGAUACAGCUGUAAGCUUGAGAAAAAGCCAGUAAAUAGACUUUGUAGGUCAGAAUUGUUUUGCUAUAAUAAACAGCGAUUUGAUUAGCCAGGUUUUCUGAAAUCUCUUGGACAAGUGACAGUGUUCAUCUCCUCUCUUUAUAAAAUGUCCUUAGUAGAUAUUUACAUAUAGUCUCGUACAAAUGAAAAACAACUUUCCUCUUUUCCCCCCCUUACCUGAUUACUGCUGAGAGGAUAAAAAUAGAAAAUUAUAAAUGCAUUAUAAUACAUAUUUAUUCUUUGGAUUGCAGCAUAGGAUUACAGAAAACAGUUAAUCAAAACCCAAACUUGUGCUCAAUUUUUCUUUAUGCAAGUCUUAAUAUGCGCAUAUAUACACAGACAUACAGUAGAACAAUCCAAUGGUGCACUCACACAUACAAAUGACACAUCAAGACAAACCCACUCCACAGAAUCAACAGUAGCAAUGAGUGAAAAUAAUUAGUUAGGAUGGUGGAGAUGUAGUAAUACUGUUGACCAGGCCGGGGCCACAUUAAGCCUUUGUAUGAUUAUUCAGAUUUUGCUUCAGAAGAGCAUGUGAAUGGUUACAAGGACUGGAGGUGGGUUUUUUUUUGCAGGAAUAACAAGGUUCUACCAAAACUCCCUGAUUUAGCAAGCACCAGACCCUUCUCCUUAAGAGCCAUUAGUCUUCCAUUAUUACAGCUCAAGUUAAAUAUGGCUGCUGGUACCUAGAAAGAAAUAUUGAUAGCAACUGCCUUUAAAAUGCACCAAGAGCAGCAGCUGGAUCAAAACAGACCCAGCUAUCACUGCCAAAAACUACCAAAAAAUAAAAGGUUGCACACCUGCUAGAUGACUAUUGCAUCACCUAACAGCCACAUAUUUGCUCGUCUAUGUGGUUUAUUCGAGUGUUUGAGAACACAGAAAAUGAACUGGAUGCACGUGGUUCACUAGUGAAGCAGGUACAAUGCUUGUCAUCUGAAAGGCCUCAGGGAAGAAGUUGGCACAGCACUCCAGACGACCAAGACCAAGCACAGAGGUGGUCAAAACUCACUCCUGUGGCAGGAACACGUCCAACACAACACUUGGUUUGAUCUGAUCCCUGGCAGGCUCACUACUGUAGGGCAGUGGUGGGUUGUUGUUCCACUGGCUAUGAUUUUCUGGUUGUACAGUGUGGAAUGACUGCAGCCACCAGAGUGCGACACAAUGGUCUUCCUUCGAAUUUAAAAAGAGCAAACAAAACCUGACAGCUGCUGUAAGUAUAGGGCUCACAACUAACUGAUAAACUAGUUUAGAAGACUGGAGUAUUUGAUAUCGUUUUAGUAGCAAACCAGAAUGGGUUUAUAUGCGUUCAAAAUGACAGUUUAGUGUUGAACAUGUUUAGUUAUAACUGGAAUUAUUCCUGCUAAAUCCAGUCUGGCUCUGGGUUGAAGGCCACAUUACAGAGGAUGAUGUGAUGCUCCAGAGCAGUGAUCCCAUAGUUAGCACAGAGUUACAGGAAAUACAAUAGGAUGUGAAUGCAUCAAACAUAUGAGACCAAUUCUGGGAAAUGAGAAGCCUUUAUGACAAGAAACCAACCAAAAUAAAACAAAAACAUUGUUUGUCUGAAGAUUCAUACAGAUAAAAUGCAAUGUGAAUAUGCUUGGACACAAAUCAAUAAAAAUAAAACUAAAAUGUGGUUCUGAUGGUCAGUAAAAUCACAUAACACUGUUGUUGGCGUUGCUUUAGUCUCUACAGUGGUAGAAGUGGGGAGCACUGAAAUGAAGUCCACUGUGAUCUAAACAGUUACCAGUGCUAGAUUUCUCUUUUUACAGUUCCUUAUUGAAACGGCUGAACUUUUUCAGUCUAAUACAAUAAUGCAUUUAUGAUGCUGCAAACUGCAUGGAGAGAAAAGACAGAUGGUUCUGUUGUCGUUACUUACAGCUGCAUUUGAGUUUAGCUGGGAUGUCAGGUAAAAUACCACCAUCUUUUUACUUGAAAGGUAGUUGAGCAGUGAGUGAAGAAACAGAGCCAAAGGCUCAAAAGACUCAAAACUUAAACUGAAAGCAAAACCAUAUUUAGUACAGUUUAAAGAACUGGUAGGUUGAGAACCUACAUAUACUAGUUCCAGAAAUGAACUCUUCAGCUCUCUCUGGAGACAUCUGUGCAAAUGAACUGAAGCACUGAUAUGAAAACUGUAUGUUAGAUACAUGGUCACAAGGUUUCAGAGGCACAAUAACAUAAAGGAACAUCCAGAAGCCUGAUGUGAUCUCAAACCCCUGAAACAGUGUCCAGGCGCAGACCGGGACGGGCAAGUCCACCAGAAGUUUACAUUUAUGAGGAGAGGAGGGAAAAGUAAGGUUCGUCACUCCCAGCCCAAAAAUUAAUUAGUAAAGUUGAAGCUGGCGGCCAUUUCCCAUCUUGUUAAGGACACAACCAAGUCAAAGCCAGGUCCACCCACAAAAACACACAAUACAGUCGAAAACUCGAGUCCCUUCUGUCAUCACCAUCUAACUAUUAUGAAGCAACACUAUUUAAAAGAGCCCGGCCUGCAUGCCUUUCACCUGCGGACCAAUGACUUGAAAUGGCACCUACAAUAAUCAGCCAACCAAUCAGAGAACUGCCGGGUUCUGUGCUUUAAGCCAGCCAGUAAAUACACAGAUAAUGACUAGACUACAGGGAUAGAUUUUCUCAUCUUCAAACUCAAUGCAACACCAACAUUACAGUUUCAUCAUUCCUAUUUACAAAAAAAAUAACAACAACAAAAAGAAAAUCAAUUUAAGGUGGUUUUUCACCCAGAGAGUUCAAACCAAUUUCUACAAGGCCCACAUGACAAAGUCCAGUUUGGUCACUGAACCAAUGCACGGACUAGAGUCCCAUUUGGGAUAGAAAGAAAAAAUUGAACUCUAGUAUACAGGCAGAUUUAAGAGUGUAUGUUAGAUGAAUCAUUUUAUCUAUUCACAGAUACAUUUACAAUGCUAAUAGCAGCAAUUUUCAAGGAAUCAUUUGUGCAAGAUGUAUUAAAAUAAAAGUUAAUUUUCAUGUGAUAAAAGGCAUGUGUAUAAGCAUUAAAAAUAAAUAUAAAAUUACACUUCUCGAAUUAAUAAGAUGCUGAAAAAAAGGAAUGAAAAAAUCUCCUAGACAAGGCGAGUGUGUGUACUGUACAUGUGCAUACAGUAACCCAGAAAAUGUAAUGUAACCGUCAUCAUAUCAUCAGCCUGUAGCUCACUUUAUGAGACUGAGGACAACUCAAACACUUUACACUGACCUUAGUCUAGUUCAAUAAAUGGGCACACGAGUGAUUAAGUAUGAGUUAGGAAAUUUGCAAAAAAAAAAAAAAAAAAAAAAACGGAUCAAAAUCAAAAUAUGCUGAAUUUUAGUGUAAGUGACUCUGGGCCAAGCUUCAAAAACACUAACGCCUACAUCUCCCAUAAUGCAAGUCUAUGAUGUCUCGUUCAGGCUCUCUCCACCUGAUAUUUACCCAUGUCUAUCAGUCUGCACACUCGCAGUUUGUAACACACGGCUUCUGUUUUAAAUUUGGAGUCUUUACGUAGUAGGUCUGGUGACAUCGGAUUUCAGAAAACUCCUCCAGAGCUUACAUCUGGUUUUCACAGGCUGAUGACGACAAGUAAACUAAAGUGCAGGUGUAAAAAUGGCAGAGUGCUCCUUUAGCUUAUGGAAAAAUAUCUAAAGCACACAUGCUGCAUGUCUGCAUUCCCAGUGAACUGAUGGUAUACAUAAAGUGUGAAACUGUGCUGUGGUGUAGCGCCCAUGCGUUUCCAUAAAUUAACACACAGGAGUAAGGUAUGCAAUGUUUGAGUCCAUCUGGAAUGUUUCAUAAGCAAAUCCUUUAAUAAAAAUCUCUAAGGCUGCAACAAAAUCCUGUAUUUUCCUCACCAGACGUGUCAGGAACUUUCAGUCAGUCAAAACUGCUUCUGUGUUUAAUACUUUCCCAAGACAUACUGUACUUGAAGCCUGUUCUCCCAGCUGAGUCAAGAUUUAAAAAAAAAAAAAAAA